AAUGAUGUUUUCCGUAAAUUAUGUAGAGCCCUGAGGAUGGAAAUAAAUUUAUUCUCGUCUUGACGAUGACGAUUUGAAAAAUUUCUCGCUCUCUUUGAAUUCUUGAGUGCAAAGUUUUAAUUACAACAGAUGUUUUCAAGUGGUUAAACAUUGAAAAUUUCAUCUAUAAUCAAUAUCAAUAAAUAAGAAUUCACUUCCCAUAUCCACAGGCAUUUGUUCCUGAUGCUUUUCAUGUUUUUAAUUUUUCUUAACCGUUAACAAUAACAUUGGUUGAUGAAAAGUUCAAUAUACAGCAUUAAAAAUAACAAUAUAUAGAAAUAAACCUAUAAUAGAGAUAUUGUCAAGACGAGAAUAAACUUUUUCUGAACAAGAUGCAGGUAAAUUGAAAAGCUUUUUGGACAUAUGAGUGAAAAAAUCCUCAAGAUCUCGUCUGAAAAAGCCUCAGUAAGAUCACGAUAGAAUAUAGAUGACUCGGUGUUACUCCUCUGGAUUGCUAACAGAACAUCAUAUUCCUCAAGUAUUUCACCACAUCUUUUAACGUUAGUGUUAGAAAUUUUCUGUUGCAGAACGUUAAAUUCCUUCAUAUACAAAUUGUAAUGCUCCAUAACAGGCUCAGAUUUGAUGAAACUCAUUACAACCUUUUCUACAUUCUCCGUUUUCAGUUCCCUAUAUAGACAAAAUGAUACCUAUUAUGAUCUUAAGACUUUCAAACUUUCUAGUUUGAAAACACCUGUGAGCCACGCUCAACCAAACAUUUCAACGUAUAUUUGCUCCACGUCUAAGAAGCAAACGCAAUAAAUCAAAAUUUUUAUACACAGCUGCGCAUUCUAAAGGGGUUUAGUUAACACAAUCCUUUGCAUUUAUGUUAAUGCCUUUUUUCAGUAGCAACUUCACGACUGCUAAAUGGGUUUUGUUUGAGAAAAACAGUGCCAAUCGAUGCAGUAUAUUCUCUUCUUUGCAGUCUCUACAGUUUACUUGGCAUCCGUGGUCUAAAAGCUUCUGUAUAAACUCGAUGUCUUCAGGUCGUUCUGUAACUGAUUUGAACAAAAUAGUCCUUCCCAUCUUGUCUCUUUCGUUGAUGUCGAUUUCAUACAAAAGGAGAUUAACAGUUUUGAGGAAGAUUCAAAAUAUAAGGUAGAGAAACCCGAAUGACAAUAGGAACUAACAUCCUUAUUGCCCGAAAUUUGAAAAGUAAGUACAGAAAAAAUGAGCGCCAAAAAAAGGUCAUAUUUUUGAAACUACUGCGUUAAUUCUGGUCGUUAUUGUUAACGUUCGGAAUGAUGUUUCUUUCAAUGGUAGCUUGCCAGGUAGUAAAAUGUUUGACUUCAGUUAUGAAAUGAGUGCCUUCGUGACCAUACCUACUUUUCUGUUCACGUGAAAACCCAAAAUGUUGUCGUCGACCAUCGAUUCAACAAGUUACAACCAAAACUGUAUUCAUGUAUUGUUAUUUUAUUUUGCAAUAUUGAAAUUAGUGUAUUACGUAUUGAACUCUGGCUGGACGGUAACAGUGAAAAAACUUUUCAAUGUAAGAAUGUUUAAUUGUUUUUUGAAGCUAAAAUUUUUCCAAUGUUCCAAUGUUUUGUAGUUCAGGUUAUUCGAGAUUAUAGUUUCUACUACUUUUUUAUUUGUUGUGCUGUUUUAUAGAAUUUUUGGUUAGUUACAUUCUCCGUAUUCUUAUGAUAUUUGACAGUAUUCAUUUUUUGUUAGAAAUGAUAGGUAUGUUUCGUAAUAGGCUCUAUAUUUUUUUUUAAUUUCACUUCAAAUAAUAACCUGUCUCACUGUUUUAUGGAAAAACUCAUAUGUGCUCUUUUAAGUGGACCACCCUGAAUAUUUAUUCACUAAAAAUAGUCCGAAACGUAUGCCUAUGUUAGUUUAUUCAUUCGAAUUAUGAGCUAUUCUCUUGAAUUGUUGUUUUCUAAUAUUCUUCUUGAAUUUUCUAUGGUUCUGAUUAUUUGAUCUACUUGAAAUUCUGCAUGAAGCUUGAAAUUUUCAUAACUACAGCUUAAAUCUAUUUUCUCCUGUUUUGUAGUCACGAAGAUAUAAGGUAAUUUUUAAUAUUCUUCUUGAAACUUUGUUUGUUCUAUUGACGCGAUCAACUUUCAGUUCUGUAUUUUUCUUUUGUCUGUGCCUUCUCCAUCAUUGGAGGUCAGGGUACCGAUUCAUAAAGAUCCCUAGGGAGCUAGGGAGAAGGAGCCACGCCCACUCUGCUCAAGCCCCCGAUAUAGAUGCAAAAUUACCAUAAUUUGUUAAAUUGUUGAUAUUUAGAUGUAUUUUUCAUUUUAAACAUAAAUUUUGAUUCAAUCGUCAUAUUCUAAUAAAUUAAAAACCAUUUUAUGAUAGGCAACUUUUGAUACAACCUACAACGUUGUCGGUUCUUAGACGAAAAAAAUUGAUUUCAAAUCCGCUGCCUUGGACCCAGCGGUUUUCAUUGCGAUACAAACUUGGCAACGCUGUGACAUAAACGACAUUCUCUGUGACAAAUGUCAAAGAUGCACACGUGGGGUGUCUCUUCAAAAUUCGAUUAUUGGUAUUAUUAUAAUUUAUAAUUAGCUCAUUUUACUGCUUAUGUUAAAUACAGUAAGUUUAUAUAUAUAUCACUCAUGGUUUAUUAUGGAAAAUCGAAAUAAAUGUAUUGAAUUGAAAAAUAGAUCCAAUGUAAUAUGUACAUUUGGCAAUGGUGGAAUUAUUGUAUGACAGUAAAAGUGACCUCGAAUUACUAUCAAAAUAUAAUUUAAAGCUUUAGUUAUUGUUAUCCAUUUGUUUUUUCCAUAUUUAUAGGUGCUAGAUUUAUUUUAGAUUGAGAUAGACAUAAAAAAUAGAAAUUAUUUAUUUUUCUGUUAAUGUCACAGAAAAAUAGUUCAAAGUUCGCCCUUCAAUUUGGCAACGUCGAUCCCCCUUCUUCCUACUUCAAUUAGGGCGGAGCCUAAAAUUUGGCUCCUUCUCCCUAGCUCCCUAGGGAUCUUUAUGAAUCGGUACCCAGUCAUAAUGGUAUUUCUUGAUCUGUAGCAGCUCUAACAAGGUACCCAAAGUUCAAGGCUCUCCAAUUUCUGGGUCCAAUACAUCAAAAUAACAAGCUACGCAAAUGUCAACCAAGUGGUGACAGACGUCACCCUGUAUGGGUGGUGCUAUAAUAUCAAGAACUCAUAGUGAACCAGAAACUAUUAAACUUUUUUGUUAUUUCCAGAGAUUCAACACUUCGAUAAACCCUCCUACCUCACUUUUAGAGAAGCUUUCAAAUCUGGGAUGUGAUAUUAACUUCAUAGACUUCACCAAAGAUGAUGUAUUGCACAGAUUGGCUUUUGAAGAUUGUUCAUCAGGUCUAUAUUUACGAGCAGUUGAGUUGUUGCUAGAAGAAAGAGGUGGUGACAUCUUAGAAGCCAGAGAUGAAUUUGGCGGGACACCACUAGAAACUGCUGUUCUGCUCAUGAAUCUUGAUUUGCUGCGGUUGCUUCUAAGGCGUGGAGCAAGCCUGAUAUUGAGCAAUAAUCUAAACGUAGCACAAUAUUCAUUUGAGAAACAGAGAUUCUCAUGUCUUCACGCCAUCAUCAAGUUCUGCCUGGUGAAGAAGUUGCAAGGGAAAGUAGUGGACGAGUCUGUUAUCAAUUUUAUCGAAUUGCGAAUGGUUGAAAGGCAUUACAAGUUGUGUUGGAAGCAAAUCAUCGCUUUAAAGAUGCAUAAAAUUGCUAAUACAAACUUGUCGAUCCACUUCUUCCUCUUCAAACCACUGAGAGUUGUCGCAAAAUAUAUGAAAAAUGAAGAUGUCCUAAUGGGAACCCAGAGUAAGAUUAUUGGUCUUUCUGAAUAUCAUUAUGAUAUAGUAGAAGUUCGGAAAGAGGCGAUAAUCAGGAGAAAUUUAGAGGAUGAUGCUUCGAACACCUUCAAAAAUGUUUUUGGAUUACCGGGUGCAUGUUCUGAAGUCAUCAUCUCUUAUCUUGAAAAUAAAGAUUUAAGAAAUUUCUCUGGUACUUGGGAACUGUGACAUCUCAAGUUGCGACACUAUGAGGAUCUGAGAGCAACUUGGAUGGCAGCUGGUGGAGGUACUGCAAAUGUGAUAAAGCCAAUGUGAUAAAACUACUGUGAUAAAAAAGAACUGUUAUAUAUUUGAUGAUUUUUGAAUUCGUUAAUUGAACUUUUAAUGAACUUAACUUUGUACAAAUUUACACUAAUGAUUAUAUUAAUUAUAUUAAUUUUUACUGA